CAGAUGGGCUAAGGCUUGGCCCAUACUUAAGACCAUAUUACCACCUGAAUAUCGUAACCCCUAAACCCUGAGCGAGCUGUGAGCUAAUGUGUCCGGCGUUCUGUACUGAAAUCAAAUCCCCACUCGCAUUUGGUGCUGUUUGGAAGCCAAGAAAACGAAUUCCAGUGAAACACAAAACCAGAUUAUCAAAUGACAGAAACUGCUAAACACUCCCUUGAUAGUGCUUCUGCUGAAUCUCCUACUAGACCUUCGAAGAUCUCAAAAACCCAAGAUUUCAGAGACCACGACGACGACGAAUUACUGGAAUCUAGCGUUGUUACUAAACCAAUGAGCCCAAACCCUAGACUUCAACGCUACUUGGUGGCUAUUGAGUAUAUUGGAACUCGAUUCUCGGGUUCCCAGAAGCAGCUCAAUUGCAGAACAGUGGUUGGGGUACUCGAGGAGGCUUUUCAUAAAUUUAUUGGUCAGCCAGUAUCAGUCUCCUUGUCUAGUAGAACUGAUGCUGGAGUACAUGCCUUAUCAAAUGUUUGCCAUGUUGAUGUAGAACGCAUAAGCAAAAGGAAGCCUGAUGAAGUGUUACCACCUCAUGAACCAGCGGUAGUUAGAAGAGCUGUAAACCAUUUCUUACAGAAGAAUGAAGGUGAUAUUAUGGUGAUUGAUGUUCAAUGUGUUCCAGCUGAUUUCCAUGCCAGAUUUAAAGCUCAGGAACGCACGUACUUCUACCGAUUGUUAUCUGGACCAGAGCCUUUGUCUACCUUUGAGAAAGAUCGGGCAUGGCACGUACCUGAAAAACUAGAUCUAGUUGCUAUGCAGGAAGCAUGCAAAAUUCUUGUUGGACAUCAUGAUUUCAGUUCCUUCAGGGCGUCUGGUUGUCAGGCAAAAUCACCCAUCAGAACGUUAGAUGAACUUUCUGUUUCUGAGGUGGCUUCAACUCCAUAUUUUCCAUCAAUCAUAGAGAGGGAAAAGAAAGGUUUUCAAGGGGAAGAUUCAUGCUGCAAAAAUUUUCAGACUGACAUGACUAGCGGAUCUAUUUCUGACAUUAACAUUUCAGGGGGCUCCUACAGUGAGGAUCUAGGAUUUGGUAUAAGGAGAAGACAUCGUUGCUUUGUUGUAACAGCACGUGCCCGCUCUUUUCUUUACCACCAGGUUCGACUACUUGUUGGUGUUCUCAAAUCCGUUGGCACUGGAGAUCUCACAAUUUCAGAUGUGGAAAGAGUACUGAAUGCCAAGUCUGUGAUGGCGGCUAGUCCUAUGGCUCCUGCUUGUGGUCUCUACCUUGGGCAUGUAAAUUAUGAUCUACCAUGAUUACUGAUAAAUAUGGUUUUUUCAGAAACACAUAAUGAAUUUACAGAUUUGAUACGUAGCAAGGAUUUAUGUUCCAUCAGAAAAUUUAAACGCAUCUUGAUGGAUGGAAAUUGGAUCAAGGCACUCAAUUGCUUGCAGAGAGAUUCAUUCCACUUUGCUUGCACAGAUUCUCUUCCAGUUUGGUUUGUUUCUCUAGAAUGUCAAGAGUGUGUUUAACAUUAGCAAAUGUCAAUUUCAAUUUUGGUAUCUUCAACGAUUUGAAUUUAAUUUAAUGUACAAAACACGUACAACGAAAACAAAAUUCCAGGUUUUUGUAAUGCUA